AUGAUAUUACAAAGGCUUGAAAGACCAACGGCAGAGGAAGCAAGAGAACAGGAAGUGCUUAAUUGUGAACCUGUGGUGCCUGAUAAAAUCGAGGCUGAAGACAGACAGCCCAUUGAACAUACAGCACCCCCUCUUACGGACCUUACUGAGGCAGGUUCACCAUCUGCACUAUCUUUCCCAGCGGCCCGGGAACAGAGGCCUGAAAAUGGUUUGCAAGAGCAAACAGGAAUUACAGGUCCUAAUAAUAGGAAGCCGGACUGUGCAGAGCCUCCUCGCUCUUGCAGCUCUCCUCACCUCAAGCCAAAGACUCCCCAAACCGACCCAGCUCUGCUGCCCCAGCACUUAACUUCACAUACUGAUGCAAGAUUGGCCCGACCCUGCGAUCAAAUCUAUUCCUCCAUUACCCGGGAUCAAAGAUUUCAAGAUAUUCUGAAAACACCAUACCAGCUGGACUUAAGAAAUGAACCAGCCAGAGAAGAUCUGAAGCCUAUUGUUAUAGAUGGCAGUAAUGUUGCAAUGGCCCAUGGUCUGAACAAGUUCUUUAGUUGCCGUGGCAUAGCCAUUGCAGUUGAAUAUUUUUGGAAGCUCGGCCACAGAAACAUCACUGUGUUUGUCCCACACUGGAGAACCACUCGGCAUCCUGAUGCCACAGAACAGCACUUCUUAAGCCAGCUCCGGGAGCUUGGGCUAUUAGCUGUCACUAUUUCCGGGAAGAACCUUGGGCAGAGUAUUGCUUCUCAUGACCACAGGUUCCUGCUCCACUUAGCAGAAAAGACUGGUGGCAUCAUUGUAACCAAUGACAACUUGAGAGAGUUUGUGACCGAGUCCGUGUCCUGGAGAGAAAUUAUCGCAAGAAGGCUGCUUCAGUACACUUUUGUGGGGGACAUAUUUAUGGUUCCUUACGACCCUCUGGGAAGACAUGGACCUCGGCUCGAAGAAUUUCUUCGAAGGGAGGCCUUUCUUCUACACACGCCUCCAAAACUCGAUGCCCAGUCAGAUGUGCGCACAUUUGGCCACGCCAUCCAGAGCCACAAUAGCCAGGGAGCCCAAGCAAGCCCUGGUGCUCCACCCAGGACCAGGCUUCUGCAGAGAAAAGCGCUCUGA